ACUCACUGAGCAGAGCGCCCGCUGAGAACAACAAGAGACAAACAGGCUACGAAACAACCUCAACUGAUAACAUGAGGGCCACAAUCAUCACCAUCACUCUUCUCGUCCUGGCUCUUGCCCUGACCUCUGAAGCUGUGCAAGUUGAGGAAAACGGACUGUCUUUCUCCCUGGAAGCUGUUAAGAGACUACAGGAGCUGGCCGAGAGCAGAGCAGUGACCGGACAACAAAGUCCACGACUCCGAGCGAGCACCAUGUCGUUCUGUGCUGAACCCAUGCUCCCCCAGGAGCUGCUGCCCCUCUGCAAGCAGAGAGGAGGAUCUGCUUCCCUGAUUAGACUAGCUGCAGUUCCCAUGGAUGUCUGUGAGAUCUGCGCGUUCGCUGCCUGCACCGGCUGCUAAACACCCAUCCUGCCUGCCUGCCUGAAACACCUCGCCUCGCUUAAGACCACUGAUUCUUCUCCCUCUCCAACCCACUUGAUGCCCCGUUCAGAGAAAUGCAAACAUUGUUGUUGUUUUUUUUACUCACAAUGAUGAGCCAAAGGCUCUUAUGUCUGAAAUCUGAUGCUGCCCUAUUUGGCACCUGAUAAAUUAUUUUAAUAACUGGCCACCGGGGGAAAAAAUGAAUUCAGACGGAGGAAUGUUCUGAAAGCUGUUACUUUUUUUUAAUCUUUUGUUUAUUUUUCUGCCAACAACCCGUUAUCCAACUGGUUAUUUUUGCUUUUUAUGUUUCAUGUUACAUUUCUUGUGCCUUGCUUUAUACUAUUUAAAGAAAAGUUUUCCUUUUGCAUUUUUCCACUUUGUUUAUUAAUAUUGUUUUGAAUAAAAAGCUUUUAUC